CUCUUUAACGCCAGCGUUGGGAACUCACACACGCGGGUGAAGACGCCGGAACGCGUCUCCUUGUGUCGGAGACAGCUAGCCCGCUUCUGUCUGUCCAGGUAGCCGCGUAGCUAGAGUCCCGUUCACGCAUCCUGAGUCCAGUCCGGCUCGGUCCAGUCCAGCUGCCGCGAUGUCACAGGCCACCAAACGCAAACACGUCGUGAAGGAGAUGCUGGGGGACUUCGUCACGCCUGCUGAACACCAGCAGAUUGUCAAGGUCACAGGUAGCCGUGGCAACAACCUCCAUGAAACGGUCACCGCCCAGGGUGAGACCUUCCUCGUAAGCAUGCCCACCAAGUUCCGCAAGAACCUCUGGAUCAAAAGAGGUGACUAUGUGAUAGUGGACCCCAUUGAGGAGGGAGAAAAGGUGAAGGCGGAGAUCAGCUUCAUCCUUUACAAAGACCACAUUCAGCACCUGCAGAAACUGCAGCUCUGGCCGCAGGGCUUUGCAGAGGAGCCGUUGGCGCAGGAGAAGGGAGACAGACGGCAGAGAACAAGGGAAGAGACGGAGGAGAGGGAGGAUGGCAGCGAGUCGGAGGACGACGAGAGCGACCUCUUCGUCAACACCAACCGUGCCAACUACCAGUACAGCGAGAGCGAGGAAGACGAGGGAGAGGCUGAGUCGGAUGGAGAGGACAAAGAGGGAAGGACGGGGACCAGCUCCUAGUGGGAGGAUUCAGGACACGGACAAUGUGGUGGGGAGCUCUGAUCCGCUUCUUCUGUUGCUGAUGGACUUAGUGCUGAAAUCAGACACGACUACAGGGGAGUCGAACACUCGGUCUCCCGGUGAGAUGAUGAGCUUUUUUCUUUUUUUCUUUUCUUUUCUUUAAAAUCUUUUUUAAAGCUCUAAAAACAUGAAGUCACGGACAUCUUGCCCAGCUAGAAACAAAGGAGUGCAGUGAAGCGACUCCUGCUUCUAAGAUGCAAGAUCUGUUCCAGCAGUGGCCUUGACUCACACCAUCAAAAACACAUGCAUGUUAGGGUUAAUACGCCUGUCUGUGCCCCUGAGCAAGGCAUGGCAAGACGAACUGGAGUUGGUCCCCGGGCGCUGCACCGGCAGCUGCCCGCUGCUCCUAGCUACACAGCUAGGAUGGGCGAAAUGCAGAGAGGAAUUUCCCUACGGGGCUCAUUAAAGGAUCUCAAAAUCAA